AACUCCCCGUGCGAAGUUAGCCAACCGAUGAUUCGUUUCCUUUCAACACGGCCAAUUCACUCAAAUGUUUUCCACUUCAGAGCACCAAAAACUACAUUUCGUCUUCUUCACGACAAAGCCAAUGUUCCCUCUAUAUACAAACCUCGCAAGGAGCGCUUCAUAACACCGACAAUGAUACUUCUUGGCAUCAUACCUGUCUUUACUUUCGCUCUUGGGACAUGGCAAAUUCAACGAUUGAAAUGGAAAGUCAACCUCAUUGAUGAGCUCGAGGAAAAGCUUCAGCUCGUCCCUUUGACAUUACCAAGGCGAAUAAACCUUUCUGUUAUCCCAGAAUUUGUCUUCAGAAAGGUCCUCAUACGUGGAAGGUGGGACCAUGAGCAUACAAUGCUUUUAACACCCCGUGUCCGUGAAGGUGUUCAUGGUGCUCAUGUUGUAACCCCCCUUAUACGCGAAAACGGCACAACUAUCUUGGUGGAUCGGGGCUUCGUCUCCAACGACUAUGUAGACGACUUGUCCUUUACGAAGGAGGAAGGCGAAGUGGAAGUUCUUGGUAUGCUACGCACCGCACAAAUACGGAAUAGUUUCACACCAGACAACCUUCCCGAGGAGAGAAAAUGGUAUUGGAAUGAUGUCGAUGGCAUGGCUGCUUACGCAGGUGGAGAUGAAGCCAACGUUCAGCCCGUGUUUGUGGAAAGGAUUUUUCAGGGUCAUGCGGGAGAUGCAGAUUACUGUGUUUCGAGAGGCAUUCCAGUUGGACGAGCUGCCGUAGUCGACAUGCGCAAUGCACACUUGUCUUAUGUGAUAACAUGGUUUGGGCUCUCUGCACUAACAAGCUUCAUGUUCGUGCGAGUGCUAAUCAAUAAGAGCAAAAUGCGCGGACGCAGGUUACCUCGCUUCGGUUAAUCAUCGUAUGCAGAGAGUUGGUCAAUCACCAUUGUCCGCGGAACAAUUGAGCCUAUCUUUUCUGUUACAUUACUCAGAAGUGCCCCAUACAUAGGUAUGAUUGACUGAGUACUGUCUACAUAGUGUCAAACCAAACAUCUUUAUCAAGCUUUUGCAAUCACAACCAGGUCGAUCAACGGUUUUAGUCUUUUGGCGGAUCUUAUCGUUGUUCCUUUGUGCUCUGUUUUUGGAGAACCAUAAUGAACCACAGCACGUGGACGUCCUAUUUAGGGCGAUUUAUGACUAUAUAUGGCAACUUCCUUUGUGCAAGGCUGAUUCCGGAAUUUGGGCAUUGUUUUCGCGUACGACUCGGCAAUGUUACUGUGGCUUUCUUGGCCAUAAAAUGAG